AUGAAUCUCGUCUCUGCAUUCGUCUUUCUGCUCUUGGCAUGGCUGGGGCAGUCGGUCGUAGUGCGACGACAGUGGGACGUGCCGCUGGUGGUGGUGGGCAACUACCAGUCCGGUAGCAACCUCCAAGCUGGUAACGACAACGUACAAACCGUCGCAAAUUCGGUCAAUGUGCAUGGCAACAACAAUGCUGUCAGUUCCAACUCGGUCGGCACCACCGCAGCUACCAGCAUCAUCCAGCCAGCAGCUCAAGAAGAUAGCGACGAUGACGGCUUGGAGGCGGAAGUCGAGGCGACGAUUCGACACCUGCAAGCCGCACUUGCACGAUCAAGGUCCGGACACUACAAUCUCCACACUCAUCGACAAUAA